AUGGAGCAGAUACGGCACUCGUACGUGGAUAAUGGAGGUCUCAAGCUCCAUGUAGCCGAGAUCGGAAGCGGUGAGCACGAGAGUUUCUCUCUCUCUCUCUCUCUCUAUCUCUCUUUUUGGGCGUCUGAAUUGUGAAUGGCUUCGUUUGCCGCUGUGAUCAGGGGAUUCCGGGGUUGUGGUUUUCCUGCACGGCUUCCCGGAGAUAUGGUACUCGUGGAGGCACCAGAUGAUCGCCGUGGCUGAUGCUGGUUUCCGCGCGAUCGCUCCCGAUUUCCGGGGUUAUGGCCUCUCACAGCAGCCCCCCGAGCCGGAGAACGCGUCCUGGUCGGAUUUGAUCGCCGACCUCCUCUCUAUCCUCGAUCACUUCUCCGCUUUCAAGGUCCAUUCCAUCCCCAUUCGGAACCUUACAGCUUUUCGGUCAUCUCCUUAUGCGAACUGUUCGCUGUGGUUAUUAUUUCGAAGGCCAAUGCUCCUCUUCGCAUGAAAAUCAUGGACGAUUUUCGCUUCCGAAAUAUUGAUUUUGGAAACAAUGUAGUUGAAUGAUCAUAAUUUCUUGGGACUGCGGUGGGAUCACGGUCACCCACCUUCGUUCCCAUGUGUCAUUUAAUCAUUGAGCACGUAAGAUGAAACUGUCAGCAGCCAUAUCUCCCAAGCUUGAACAGCAAUAUCUGGGUGGGUGCAGCAUCUCUGGGAGUGCCCUUCAUAACUUUGCAAGGUUACGAGAUCACCCAUGUUACCUUCUGCAAGAAAUAUUCAUCCCGGAAGAAGCACAGGGUUUAAUGUUUGGAAUAGUUCUAUCCCUGGAGGAGUGGGCUAGUGAAUUGUUAGUAGGGUAGGCAGCCAUGCUCUGUGGGUGAAGGGAAGCUUUAAAACGAUAUCAGAUGGAUAAAUCUGUGGUAAGACAGUCAUAUUUUCAUUUGAAGAUGGGGAGUUGCUCCGUUCUAGGGCGGAUGUAUAAAUCCGUGUAGAAGUCUGUGGCUCCAGUGGUGGGGACGCUCUAUUGGAACGUUGACUUGUUCGUUUGAACAUAUGCCAUUGUUCCAUGUGAUGUGAAAGUACGAGGAAACCCAGGAAAGUAAAUGGAUUUCGAUUAGGGGUAAUAUACCUCAUGUUAAAAUGCGUUGACUGAAUAAGUGGAGAUUUAGUCAACGAGUUUACAGCUGUUUUUUUUUCUUGUUUUUCUUUCAAGUACUUGCUCUUUGAGUGAUUGUAAAGGGGAUUUGAAGGAUAAUUUUACUAUAUUCUCCUGUUCUUACUCUCCUUUUCCCAUGGUGGUCAUGCUUGGUUGAAGGUCUUUGUUGUGGCAAGGGAUUUUGGAGCUAUGGUAGCCUACCAGUUUGCACUACUCUUCCCGAACAGGGUGUCAGGGGUCGUGACUCUUAGUGUUCCUUUCGUUACUGAGGCUAUCUCGAUAAACACCUUGCCAGAAGGCUUCUACAUGUUGAGAUGGCUGGUAGGGCCUCUUCCCAACUUUGCUUAAUACUCUGGACCGCAGUACAUAUUCUGAAAAUCUCCUCCCAGGUACCCGGACGAGCUGAGGCAGAUUUCGGUCGUUUCGAUGUCCGAACAGUAGUGCGCAACAUCUACAUCCUCUUCUCUGGCAGCGAGCUCCCGGUGGCCGCAGAAGAUCAGGAGAUCAUGGACCUGGUGGAUGCAUCUUCUCCCUUACCCACCUGGUUCUCUGAAGAAGACCUCACCGCCUACGCCGCUCUAUAUGAGAACUCUGGAUUCUGUUUCCCCUUGCAGAUACCCUACAGGUAACAAUGGUUCCCUCUGUUCGUUCUACCGGUGAUAUCUGCGUGGUCAUUUUCGGCAAACUAUGGGAUUUGCACAGGAAAUUGGAUGAUGUGGAGAGCGUAGAAAAUCCAAAGGUGCAAGUUCCUGCGCUGUUCGUCGUGGGUGAGAAAGACUACAUCCUCAAAUUCCCCGGUAUGGAUGACUACGUAAGGAGUGGUACGGUGAAGAACUAUGUCCCCGACCUGGACAUCAAGUUCAUUCCAGAGGGGAGCCACUUUGUCCAGGAGCAGUUCCCGGAGGAGGUCAACCGGUUUCUCCUCAGCUUCCUCAAGAAACAUUCCCCAUAG